AUGGGCCCAUUGAAGUAUCUCUUUAAGAAACCCACUUUGAGUGAAAGAUUGUCAAGAUGGUUGAUCUUAUUGGCAGAAUUCGAUUUGAAGUAUGUGGCUAGGAAAACUAUCAAAGGAAGCGUUGUCUCAGAUUUCUGUGCCGAGAAUCCUAUAGAGGGAGAAGAUGGUAAAGAAGACUUUCUAGAUGAGGAAAUUUUGGACAUUGAGUUAAGGGUGUGGAGAAUGUACUUUGACGAAGCUAUAAACCAAUAUAGGAAUGGGAUAGGAAUACUCUUGAUCACUCCCGAGGGAUCUCACAUACCUCUAGCAAUCAAGUUGAACUUUGAAGCAACUAAUAACAUGGUUGAAUAUGAAGCUUGUAUUGCCAGAAUGGAAGCUUUUCAAGAAUUGGGGGUAAUGGAGGCCGAACUCUUUGGAGAUUCAACUUUGGUUAUAGCCCAAGCACAAAAGUUGUGGAAGGUGAAGGAAGAACAUUUGAAGCCUUACCAACAAUACUUGGAGGACAUAACCAAGACCUUUGACAGAAUUGAAUACACAAUCAUUCCUAAAGCUCCAAAUCAAUUUAUGGAUGCCUUAGCUACCUUAGCCUCCAUGGUUGAAAUACCUGAGGGAGUAUGGACAUGA